UACACGGCCGUUGGGGGUUGGCGGGGUCUGGGACCACGGCAGGGGGUGCUACAGCAGUGCCUGGCAGUGUGGGCCAGGUCCUUACCUCUAAAGCAGAGAAGCCACUUCUCCUGGGCCCACGAGACAGCUGUCCCAUGCUCUGCUGAGCUUGGUGCCAUGCCUCUGCAACUCCUGCUGCUGACCCUGCUGGGCCCUGGCAGCAGCCUCCAGCUGUGGAGGGCCCCGGAGGAUGGAGCCAAAGAGACCCCAGGUCUCCUGCUUGCCCGGAGCUGGGUCAAGGUGAACAGGGACUUUUACUCUGAUAUGAAUGAAGACUAUUUCAUAGAAGGCACAGACCUUCCAGAAAUAUUUCAAAGUAGCCCUGCGUCUGUGACCCUGAGCCACAAGCUUCUGGCUGUGCUGGGAACCUUGGGGCAGAGGGAUUCUGCAGGGCCUGGAACUCCUGAGCUAGCCACUCUGGCCACAGGGAACUCCACUGGCAUAGAUGCAGGGGGGACAGCUAUAGAAAAUUUGAGCACACAGCUGGCCACACGGGGAAUUCCUUCCACACGAGGCCCUCUAACCAAAGAGCAGGUUAUUGUAGCAUCUCUUGUGAUGGAUACUCCAUCAACAGACAGGGCUCCAUCCACAGAACUGGCCACCAUGGAGGCCCUGUCCAUAGGAUCAACAGACAGACAGGCCCUGUCUGUGGAACCAGCAACCACAGAGGUUACCACACAACCCACAGCCUCAGAGGCCCUGCCCAUGGGAUCCACUGUCAUAGGGACCCUGUCCAUGGGAUCAGCAGCCACAGAGGCACUGACCACACAAUCCACAGCCUCAGAGGCCCUGCCCAUUGAAUCCACUGUCGUGGGUACCCUGUCCAUGGGACCAGCAGCCACAGAGGCACUGACCACACAACCUGCAGCCACAGAGGCCCUGCCCAUGGAAUCCACUGUCGUGGGGGCCCUGUCCCCAGAACCCGCAGCUACGGAGGCCCUGUCCAAAGAACCAGCUGCCACAACAGCCCCUUCCAUGGAGCACACUGCCACAGAGGCACUGUCCACACAACCUGCAGCCACAGAGGCCCUGCCCAUGGAAUCCACUGUCAUGGGGGCCCUGUCCAAAGAACCAGCUGCCACAACAGCCCCUUCCACGGAGCGCACUGCCACAGAGGCACUGUCCACAGGACCUCCUACUACAAGGGGCCUAGGCACACCCCUUCUCAUGCCUUCUGAUACUCACCACACCACCACUGUGAGAGCUGGAAGUUCAUCUAAUGUCUUCAUCAACCAGCGGAAAAAUCACCAGGACCUUUUCCCCUGGAGCUCUGCGGUCCCUAGCCCCACGGAGGACCUGGACCGCAUCCCUGUGAAGCAGUGCCUGCUGGCCAUCCUCAUCCUGGCCCUCGUGGCCACCAUCUUCCUUGUGUGCACCGUGGUGCUGGCUGUCCGCCUGUCCCGCAAGAACCACUCGUACCCUGUGCGCAGUUACUCCCCCACCGAGAUGGUCUGUAUCUCGUCCCUGCUGCCUGAGGGGGGCGAGGGGCCUGGUGCCAUGGCCAAUGGGGAACUGCCCAAAGCCAGGAGCCAGGGCCUAAAGGCAGGGCCUGGGCAGGGCCACGAGGGGGACGACCUCACCUUGCAGAGCUUCCUCCCUUAGCUCCCACUGCCCGUCUGCCUACAGGACCCUGGUCUCCACACUCCCGUGGGCCCGCCGGGCCACCACUGAGCACCCGGGCUCUGUUCCACAUGUAUGGGCUUCCUUGCAGCCCCCUAGGGAUGGGAUCUUCAGUGCAGGACCCCUGGCCACCCCACCCAGGACCGAGGGCAGUAAGGUCCUGUGGCCAAAGUGGGACUGGCAAGCCGAGCGGCCUGUCUUCCUCCUGCCUCUAGUGGAGGCCAGAGAGAUCCCUGCCGCUGCCGCGUCCCCCAUCCAUCGGCGUUUCCUCGUGCCACCCCUGCGCUCCUCCCUUUCCUGGCUGCCAGAGCCCCACCCAACGCACCCAGGGGCCACUCAGAGCCUCUGCCCCCACAGUCCUUUUCUUCCAGUCGCUGUGGUUACCGCCCAGGAAGGGAGGCCUGAGCCAUCUCCUGCCACUACCGCCUCUCCAGUAUGGGGCAGCUUGGGUCUCGGCAUCUCCCUGGGGAACCCAGGGUGCAGUCUCCGCCCAAGGGCAGGGGCCAGUGUGGAGUGCCAGGACUGUGUUUGGGACCAUGUGGCCCAGCGAGCGUCCUUCCGGUGGCAGAGUAACCCAGUCCUGCAACCCAGCCUUCCUCUGUGCCCACAUUCAGGGCAGUACGUGCAAGCAAUAAAUCCCUGAGGAACAGUGACGGCUGAAUGUCUCAGGGUAUCCAGGCGCCUCCUUCAGGCCGGAGUGGGUCGUUUGGUGCUCGCCUCCUCAGGGAGCCCCUCGCACGGGCCAUGAGGCUGGCCUCAGGGUGGUCUCUCGGACUGUGGACUCAUGUGACUACGUCCUUGGGUGGCCAGGGGAGGUUUCAGAGGGGGUAUGGGGCUGGCCCUGAAGACAGCCUUAUUCAACGCCCCCCAUGAGCCAGUUCUGGCCUACAGAAUAGUUCCCCCCAAAUCUCAGACCAAUACUCCCUCUAAACAUUAGUGCCAUCCUCCCCAGAAGCCCACCCUGACCUUUCCAUUCCACAUGGGGCCCGUCUCCUGUUUAACACCCAGUGCCCACUCCUCCCACGGGGCUAGAACGGCUGCAGCCUACUAGACUUGAAAGAACUCACAGGAGAACUGACUAGCUGUCCUUUAAAGUUUGGGACCAGCCAGCCUACUCUUAAAUGACAAGACCAUAAGUAUUUGAGGCCAUGUGAUCUUUGUUGUAACUGUCGUCAUAGCCAAAUGCAGCAAUUGACAACAUGUCAUAAAUGAAUGGGUUUGGCUGAGUUCUAAUAAAACUUUAUUUACAAACA